UUCACCAGGUUAUAAAAAUAGAUUACUUAUAAAUGUUGAAUUUUGCAUUAGUGAUGAGUGCAAAUCGUGGACAAACGUGGGCUCCAGAGGCAGGCGCAGCGCUUCAAAAGCAUCUCUUUGGUUGUGUAACGUCGUAUGAAGGCAGAGAGGUUCGUGACAACAUGUUACGUCGUUCAUAGCAAAUAUAAGUGAGAAGUGUUUUGCUAUUUGGUCCAUUUUUUGUUGCUUACGCACACUGCAUUGUGAAGUAAUGGCCACCGACAAACAAAAGAACAAGGUCAUCAGGUCAGAAAACGCCACAUGUUUCAGUUUAAUAUGUGAAUGAUUUAGAACGUACAUGUCUGGAAUUCAAUCCUCCUCGAUGCUUCUGUAUCUAAGCAACAUGUCAACAAACGCUCACCUGUUGGACGAGUAGGCACUUAUCUAGCUCUUACUAUCAUUUGUAUUUCAAUUGUUUGUAGUUGUCGUUGUAAGAAAAUGAGCUCGGAGGUGUUAGUGUCAAAGCCGCAGUAUGACAGAGCGGUGGUUCCGGGGCUCCUGGACGAAGGGGCCCCGCGAGAGCUGGAGGCCGCGCAGCCGUCCUCGGGCUUAGUUACCGCGGGCUUCCGCUCCGCUAAAUACACCCCAGCCGAGUGGUUCUCCAGCUACCGUAGCCUCCUUCAGCAGGCCGGCGCCGACCAUCUCUCGGCACAGACCAUCCAACAAGAGUCUCGUAUCCUCUGCGAGGACACAGAGACCACCACUGUCCACAACCAGACCAAUGGGACGCGCCUGCUGGGGGAGAGGCUCCAGGACAUCCAUCGCUGGAAGUCCGAGCUGCAGGAGCACAUAAACCGCCUGGUGGCCGACACGGAGGCCCUGCAGGCGAUGAAAAUGCGGCUGGAGAAGGCGCUGGACGCCACGGAGACUCCAUAUGCCAUCGCCACGGAUAAUCUGACCUGCAGGAGCCGGAGACUGGGGCCUGACCUGGUCCUGGACUGUGUGGAGGAGGAACUGCUCAAGGAAGUGGACUUGAUCAAGAGUGUCCAGGCUCUCCUGAAGAGAACCAUGGCCCAGGUUGCCACUCAGAUCAAGCUGAACAGAGAGGCCAAGCAGACGCUGGAGUUUGAUUGGUCAGAUAAGUAUGAGGCCUACACGCUGGACAACCAGUGUGGACGAUACAACAACAAGAGCACAGACACGCAGCAUCACGCUGUCUCCACCUCCAUGCUGGAGCAGAUAUCUAACAUCCCGUCAUGGGUCAACUUCACUCAAGACAACAUCAACAAGGCCCUGAGGGAGGAAAAGGCCACACAUAACCUCAGAGAGCUGGCGGAGCAGGUGCUACUGGAUACCACUAAAGACCUGAGAGUCCAGUGCUACAAUGUGGACCAAGCCUUCCUGCAACGAUGUGCAGAGCAAAUGGACGCCAAGAUCCAGCUGGAAAUGAAGCUUAAGCAGACUUUGGAGCAGAUUGGAGCUCAGGAGAGGAACAUUGUGGCUCUGCAAAAGGCCAUCCAGGACAAAGAUGCCCCGCAGAGAGUGGCAGAGUCCAGGCUGUACCAUCGCUCUCUCAGACCCAACAUGGAGCUGUGCAGGGAUGAGCCCCAGCUUAGCUUGGAAAGGGAGGUGAAGCAGAUCGGCGCCACCUUGGAAUCUCUACAGCAGCAGCUCAGCGAUGCCCGCCGAUCACUGUCCCAACUAGAGGAGUCCCGCAUGGCGCUGGAGAAAGACAUCAUGUGUAAAGGCCACUCGCUGUUCAUCGAAAGAGAAAAAUGCAUGACUCAGCGCAAACUGUACCCGACAAUCUCCACCCUCUCCGGGUAUUGAAGAACUUCAAACUUUGAUUUGAAACAGUACGUGGUGUGUUUACGCAUUUGCAGUGUUACGUUGUUGCGAACCAUGACCUCGUCCUGUACUCAUUGAUGAAGACGCACACUACUGUGUAAAAGUCUCGGGCCACCACUAACUUUAUCGUUUUACAGUGGAUUCCCGCAUAUUCACAAUCGAGCGUUCGCAUCAAAACAUUUUUUAUGCACACACAUGCACACUUCCCCAGCAGGAAGUUGCCCAGCAUGCCUUGCGGGUUACAAAGUAGUAUUGCUUUUGAUACCAGCAUGUUCAGUGUGGUACGGUUACAUUGUGUGUUCCGUUUUUGGCUGCACCGUGAGCGAGUGAGACGUUCCGUUUGAUGACCUCCUGUCGGUUUGUGUUAGUUUCAAAUAGAUAUCUUUAUGGACAUCUCAACUGCUCGCAGUUUUUCGGCAUUCUCACGAGGCGCCGGAAUGUGACCGCCCGUGAAAGGCAAUUCAGUAGAAAUGCAUUCUGACACAUUAAAACACAAUUAGCAAGAUUAGAAAGUAAUCCAGAAAUCCACACAUUUUGGUGAGGAUCUGGACAAACUGCAAGUAUAUGGGGAAUCCACUGUACUCCUAUUUUUUUGAGCCAAGUAUCCCCUUACCAGUGAAAAACAUUUUGGGUUGAAACGCUAUCUGAUUCAUCACUUGUCAAAAAGAAAAGCUCAUCUGUUGUGUUCUUUUUUUUAAACAUUUGAAAAUAAAAGUUGUAAAUAAUUACCUUAAUUACGAAAAAUGCUUUUAAAAGUAAUUAUCAGAGUUUAAAGUGCCCUCUUGAGAUUAUGAAUACAUGUUCUUAAAUCCAAAUACAGAUUUAUAAACUGUAUUCAAUAUUGUUUUUACAUUUUUUUUUUUACAUUCCACACACCACAAAAUACCACAAAAGUUAUGUUAAUAUCUUUGCAAACAUACAAAAUCAGAGGGGAUAUUUUUAUCACUACAUAAAACAAUCUACAGUAGGCACUGUAGAAUCAAGGCAACCUAUAAAAUGUGAAUGUGUUAUGGAUAACAGCUACAAAUCCACCAUACUACUGUGAAAGAGUUGUUUGUAUUAAUGAGGUUUCUUGACUGCUGUGCUUGUUUUAA